UGUACCUCACAGUCCAGUUUUUCCUGCCCACGCGCCGCCGCCGCCGCCGUACAAUCAGUUGUAGCCGUUGAAGAAGAAAGAAGGAUAAUGGCGGCUAAAAUUGUACCAGUUACAACUGAACCCUACACGCUUGGAUUCAUUGGUGCUGGAAAAAUGGCUGAGAGCAUUGCCAGAGGUAUCGUCAAAUCGGGGUUAUUGCCCGCCGCCCAUAUUCGAACUGCACACCUCGGCACCGCUCGUCGUACUGCCUUCGAAUCGUUCGGCGUCAAAGUCCUCGAUAAAAACAGUCAGGUUGUCGAACAGAGCGAUGUGGUUAUAUUCUCUGUGAAACCUCAAGUUGUUAAAGAUGUGGUGCUACAGUUAAAGCCACUCCUGUCAGAGAAGCAGCUCUUGGUAUCUGUCGUUGCCGGAGUAAAGCUAAAGGAUUUGCAGGAGUGGGCGGGUCAUAAUCGGUUUAUAAGAGUAAUGCCCAACACCCCUGCUGCUGUUGGUGUGGCUGCCUCAGUUAUUAGCCUGGGGGCCGCAGCAACUAACGAAGAUGGAGAAUUAAUCUCCGAGUUAUUUGGAGCAAUCGGUAAAGUGUGGAAAGCCGAUGAGAAACUGUUUGAUGCUGUCACCGGCCUAAGUGGUAGUGGACCUGCGUAUAUAUACUUAGCAAUAGAAGCUUUAGCCGAUGGAGGUGUAGCUGCUGGUCUACCUCGAGAACUUGCUCUCGGUUUAGCUUCUCAAACUGUAUUGGGAGCAGCAACAAUGGUGGGAAAUGCGGGGAAGCAUCCAGGUCAGCUGAAAGAUGACGUGGCAUCGCCAGGCGGGACAACUAUUGCAGGGAUCCAUGAGCUGGAAAAGGCAGGUUUUCGUGGGAUUCUGAUGAAUGCAGUUGUUGCUGCUGCUAAACGAAGCAAGGAACUUUCUCAGGGUUAAGUUUGUCUUUUCCUUUCUUUCUAUGUUUGACAUUUCGAUGCUUCCAUAAGGUUUAUUUCUCCUUUUCUUUUCAUUCUUAUAUAUUUAAUAAAAUAGUUCCAUUGGCUUUUAUGACAUUGUACUGAACCAUCAUAGUAAUUUUUCCCCGAAAAUCCUCAUUUUUUUUAAAAAAAUUUAUUUAUAUU